AUUCGAUCCACUAGCCCCAGUUCUCCUAAUCCUCCCAAAUCUCUCUGUUUUGUCGUCACUCUUCCCUUCAGUCAUCGGCCUCGCAUUCUCUUCCAUGGCAGGGUCUGUGGAAUUUGAUUUCCAAGAAAUGUAUGAGAAAGAAGAGAGCAAACCACUGUCUCCCUCUCAAUCGUCGUCCCGUGGCAGUGUUGUUCUGGAAGCGGAGGAGGUGGAGAUGAAAUGGAUGAAGAGAAAGAAGAAGAUGAGGAAGAGAGAGAAGGGAAAUGAAGAAGAAGAACAAGAGAAGGUUGUACGCAAGGACCCAUUGGAGGUUCUUGGGUGGGAAUUAAUGAUGAUGAUUUUGAACAAACUUGAUGCACGCAGCGUGGCACUGUCUCUACUUGUCUCCCGUUGCUGGUACUUUGUUGCCUCCAGCGAUCGACUCUGGACCUCCAAGUGUGUGGAAUUGUGGCUUGGGAAAGCACACAUACCUCGCCUGUCACAAGUCCGAGGAUUGUCAAAGUUGGCUGCCUAUUCAUCAUCUAUAAUGGAUGGCAAGCGUUCUCGUAUAACAAAGGAUGAUAUGUGUGAUCAUGCGUGGGAGUUUCAUUAUCAGAAGGCAUCAUUUUUCCCUCAGGCAGCUCCAGAAUAUUGGCGAGAUCUUGAUCCUUACUGGAAAGGCACAGGCCCUCUUAUGCGCCGGUAUUUCCAUCCAGAUGGGAGCCAAACUGCAGAUUCUGAUGACAACUUAUGGGGUGGUCACGAGAGCUGCUAUUCUAUCGUCACGAGUUUUGUUGGCGAAGGAAUGAUCAGAGAGCACUAUGUGAGGAUAAACCGAUGGCCUCAGAUGUUUGUGUCCAGGAAAGACAAUUGGGGCUGGGAAUUGGCCAACAACCUCUACUUCUACUCCAGUGUUCCUGAUGCCUACAAGGAAGGUGGGACUGGGCCUCUUUCCUUGGUUAUUUAAAUUUCUCUCGUAUAUGUAUAUGUAUAUGUUGUUAUUAGGGUUUCUAUAUAUAUCCGUUUUCUUCAAAGUCUAGUCAUUUUAUAGUAUUACUAUAUGAACGGAAUCUAGGGAUAAUCCUUAAGAAUUCUAGGAUAUCAUAUUGUUGUUUCUCGCGCAUAUGUGUGCAAUACUUUUAUCUUUGUAAUUAGGGUUUAUAUACGUAUGGUGUUGUGAUGCAUCUUAUCGUG